CUAAAAGAUCUCCGUAUUUCUUUGAAAUAUAAUUUAGAAAAUGUUGGUGGAUUUGCUGCAAUUACUCGUCAAAGAUCAAAAAUUUUGAGCAAAAGAAUGUUUGAUUCCUCUAGAUUUACUCCUGAUGAUUGGUCUCAACAAGAAUUUAUUCUUUGGUUAAAACUUUUAGAAAUUGUUGAACAAUUUUAUGCUUUUGCUUUAAUUCGUCAAAAUCAUAAAGUUCAACUUGUUGAAUUCUUAAGAAAACAAGGUAGAGAAGAUAAGGCUAAAAAAUUAUCUAGUGAUAUUAGUGUAGAAAUCAUUGAUAAAUUAUAUACUACUUUGUUGAAUUGUAUAAAGAAAGAUUCGGAUUAUUUUAAUUAUUGUAGAGGAUUUUUAUAUAAAGAAAGUAAAGAAUUGGGUCUACAAGAUAAAAAGCCUGUUAGUCAGAAUGAUCUGGAUGGUUUAAAAGUAGCUUUUCUAAAUCAUUAUAAACUGUUUGAAGCUGUUACUAAUGAUCG